CCCGUCCUGCGCCAGAACUCGGACCCGACCUCGGAGAGCCCCGAGGGGCCCCGGCUGCGGCGGCCGCCCGAGGCGCCGCCCAAGGUGCCGCAGCGCACGGCCUCCAUCGCCAGCGCCCUCCCCGCGGCCGCCCGGCCGGCCGCCGUCCGCGCCAGCAACCCCGACCUGCGGCGCAGCGACCCGACGUGGGAGCCGGGGGCCGACGGCCGCCCCCAGGCCGGGUCCCUGGAGCGCAGCCGGCUCGGAGGCGCAGCCCGGCGCGACAGCUCCCCCCUGCUGCCCCCCGCCGGCCCCCCCGGGCUGACGACCGCCGCCGGCCCCGGUGAGUGGGGCCCCUGUGGGGCCGUGCUGCUGGGGCGGGAGCGCCCCGAGGAGGCGCCGCGGCCCCUCACCAAGGCCAUGGACUAUUCGUCGUCCAGCGAGGACGGCGACGGGGACGGCGACGGCGACGGCGACGGGGACAGCAGCGAGGACGAGGGCGACGCCGAGGGCGGCAGGCCGCGUGACGGGGACACGGGGACGCGGGGCCGCGGCCCCCCCCCGCCGGCGGCCCCCCCCCGCCGCCACCGCGACCGCCGCCGCCGCCUCCCCCGGCCCCGGGGGGCGGCUGCCCCCCGAGCCCCCCCCGCCCCACGCCAACCUGCCCGACGUGGUGCAGCCGAGCCAGGAGCCCCCCGGCGCCGAGACCCCGGCGGCGCGGGGGCUGCUCCGGCUCCCGCCCCGACGUCCUUCUCCGUCUUCGUGGACCUGGCGCUGCUGCAGGGCGCCGCCGAGCCCGGAGCCGCCCCGGGGCGCCUCGAGGGCCGCAAGGGCUCGGUGGUGAACGUGAACCCGGCGCCGGCCCGGCCCCACAGCGACGCCCCCGAGAUCCGCAAGUACAAGAAGCGCUUCAGCUCCGAGAUCCUCUGCGCCGCCCUCUGGGGCGUGAACCUGCUCGUGGGCACCGAGUCGGGGCUGCUGCUGCUGGACCGCUCGGGCCGGGGCCGCGUCUACGGGCUGAUCGCGCGGCGCCGCUUCCAGCAGAUGGACGUGCUCGAGGGCCUCAACCUGCUCACCACCAUCUCCGGGAAGCGGAACAAGCUCCGCGUUUACUACCUGUCCUGGCUGCGCAACAAGAUCCUGCGCAACGACCCCGAGGUGGAGAAGAAGCAGGGCUGGACCACGGUGGGCGACAUGGAGGGCUGCGUGCACUACCCGCUCAAGUACGAGCGGAUCAAGUUCCUGGUCAUCGCCCUGCGCAGCUCCGUCGAGGUCUACGCGUGGGCCCCCAAGCCCUACCACAAGUUCAUGGCCUUCAAGUCCUUCGGGGACCUGCCCCACCGGCCGCUGCUGGUGGAGCUGACGGUGGAGCAGGGGCAGCGGCUCAAGGUGAUCUACGGCUCCGGCGCCGGGUUCCACGCGAUCGACGUGGACACGGGCAGCACCUACGACGUCUAAGUCCCCGUGCACAUCCAGAGCCAGGUGACGCCGCACGCCAUCAUCUUCCUCCCGGACACGGCCGGGCUCGAGAUGCUGCUGUGCUACGAGGACGAGGGCGUCUACGUCAACACCUACGGGCGCAUCACCAAGGACGUGGUGCUGCAGUGGGGCGAGACGCCCACGUCCGUGGCGUACAUCUGCUCCAACCAGAUCAUGGGCUGGGGCGAGAAGGCCAUCGAGAUCCGCUCGGUGGAGACCGGCCACCUCGACGGCGUCUUCAUGCACAAGCGGGCGCAGCGGCUCAAGUUCCUCUGCGAGCGCAACGACAAGGUUUUCUUCGCCUCCGUGCGCUCCGGCGGCAGCAGCCAGGUUUAUUUCAUGACGCUGAACCGCAACUGCGUCAUGAACUGGUGACGGCCCCCGCCCCCCGCGGCGGCCACGCCCCCUCCCGCGGCGGCCACGCCCCCUCCGCGGCGGCCACGCCCCCCGCCGGCUGCCCCAAACACACCCCCGCGGCGGCCACGCCCCCCCUCCGCGGCCGCCACGCCCCUGCCCUGCAGGCCACGCCCCCUCCUGUCGCCGCACUUAGGGAGGGGCGGGGAGGGGGCCAACGAGAGCCGUUGCCAUGGUGACGGCGUUUGUGACUGACAGGCUGAAGCUCCGCCCCGGCUUUGCUCGUGCCCCGCCCCCCCCCCCCCGCCGCUGAGCCUGGGACCGCCCCCUGCCCCGCCCCCCCCGCCGUGGGGCAGCUGCUGCUGUGGGUCCCGUGUCGUCCCCCCCCCCCCGCCAUGGGGCUGCUGCUGCUGUGGGUCCCGUGCCCCCCCCCCCCCCCCCACUGCCAUGGGGCUGCUGCUGCUGUGGGUCCCGUGCCCCCCCCCUCUCCCGCCAUGGGGCUGCUGCUGCUGUGGGUCCCGUGCCCCCCCCUCGCCGUGGGGCAGCUGCUGCUGUGGGUCCCGUGUGUCCUGCCCCCCUCCCCUCCCCCCCCCCCCCGCCGUGGGGCAGCUGCUGCUGUGGGUCCCGUGUCGUCGUCCCCCCCCCCCCCCGCCAUGGGGCUGCUGCUGCUGUGGGUCCCGUGCCCCCCCUCUCCCGCCGUGGGUCCCAUGCCCCCCCCCCCCCCCCC